CCAUGUAACUCACUAAAACCAUUUCAUUCUAAUUUGGUCCGGUUCGAUUGAGAUUGGGUUAGCUAAUUUUAAGCCCGGUUUAGAUUCACGCGCCGACUCAUGGCCGGCAAUUACUAAUCAAUCAAAAUCAUAUCAUUGACAAAAAAAUUGGUUUCUCUCACAAAAUCUGCCAACAGUUUUUGUCUCAUUCCCGAUCAGAUCUCAACGACGACGAGCCAUGGCUUCAACUUUCAGCGGCGAUGAAACUGCUCCUUUCUUCGGAUUCCUUGGCGCUGCCGCCGCUCUCGUUUUCUCCUGUAUGGGAGCAGCGUACGGGACAGCGAAGAGCGGGGUUGGUGUAGCGUCGAUGGGUGUGAUGAGACCAGAGCUUGUGAUGAAAUCGAUUGUUCCUGUUGUUAUGGCUGGAGUUUUAGGUAUUUAUGGUUUGAUCAUUGCUGUUAUCAUCAGUACCGGAAUCAACCCUAAGGCCAAGUCUUACUAUCUAUUCGAUGGCUAUGCUCAUCUCUCUUCCGGUCUUGCUUGUGGUCUCGCUGGUCUCUCCGCCGGUAUGGCUAUUGGAAUUGUCGGCGAUGCCGGUGUUAGGUAAUUCUCGAUUAAAUUUCUCUAUAUGAUGUAUAACCUAAUUCAAUUGGUCGAAUACGUUGGAAACUUUUCAGAAAAUAUCUUAGGCUUGGUUUGAUUCUGUGUAAAAUAUCGGUUCUUUGUUCAUACUUUGAUUCAAAUUGUUAUGAUCAUGUGAUGAAGUUUAACUGAUGAUUGAUUCUAAAUCAUCAGAGCUUUAUAUGUGCGAGCUUAGUUCUUUUCAUACCGUUGUUGAUUUGCUAUGUUAAAGUCUCUUACUUUGGUGUUAGUUGUUGUUGCUGUAUGUGAGAUUACGAUUAUAUGAUAGUCGCAGCUCCUGAUAUUGUUAGCGAAUGCACAACAACCUAAGUUGUUUGUGGGAAUGAUUCUGAUUCUCAUCUUUGCUGAAGCACUUGCCCUGUACGGUCUCAUUGUUGGUAUCAUCCUCUCUUCUCGAGCUGGUCAGUCUAGAGCCGAGUGAAAUCCAGAGUAUCUCUCUCUCUUAUCGGCUACAGUCCUUGUAAUGUUUUGGUAUAUUUUACUCUGUUUUCUUUUGUGGUAUGUUUUUGAGUUUCUCAUGAAAACAAGCAACAUGGGUGAAAUUUAUUUGACUUUUGUUUCAAAACCCAUUUCUUUUCUUUUUCAUUUGCACACUAUAUAUGGAUACAUCAAUAAGUAAUAAAAUAUGACGAUUCAAUGAUUCUGUAGCCUUUGUAACUUCUCAGAAGCAAUGAUUUGAGUAUUGUGUUGUUGAAUCAUGAUUUUGGAUGUAUGGUAAAAAGAUUUGAAUAGU